AUGUCAUUCAAGAACACGUAGAAGUAUAAAGAUCAAAAAUUUACUAGCCAACUAAAUGAUUGUGAAGCAAUUUCAGAAAUAAAGAUGAAAUUAGAGAAUGUACCUGAAAAUACAGCUUAACUUGAUGAUCAAGGAGCUGAACUUAUAGAGUCUUAAUCUUAAAUAAAAUUUUUUUUAGAAGAAUUAGAUAAUAAGCAAUAGGAUGAUAUUUAAUAGGAAAUUAAAGAUGAUGAGGCUGAAGAAUAUGAGCCAAUACUUAAUACUCAAACAUAAGUUGAUUAGAAAUUGAUAUACUAAUAAUAACAACAAUAAAAAUAAAAGUAAAUUGAGACAUUUCAUUAAGUCAAAGAAAAAUUAUAAAAUAAACAGACUGAGCCUUUACCAUCUGACAAUAAAUUAAAUUAGGAUAUAAUUUAAGAUGAUAUUGACAUUUCCUAGAGUAAAUUAUGCAAAAGUUUGUUAAAGAACAUAAAUGAUUAAGUAAAUAAUGAAGAUACUGAAUUAAUAGCUUAGCUUUAUAGUGAGUUAAAUGAAUUAAGACAAAAAAAUAAAGAAAUUCAAAUAUAAAAGGAAUUUUAUCAAUCAGAAUUGAAAAGAGUGAAAGAACAAUGUUAAAAAGAUAUGAAUAAAUAGAAAUAGAUUUUUGAAAAUGAGAUAGUUUCAUUGAAAGCACAAAUAAAUUUAGCUAAAAAAGUAACAAAAUAGGAGACAUAAAAUUUAACAACAGCAUCAUUUUAAGAAAGAUAAGCAAUUUUAAGGGAUUUAAUGAAUAAAAUAAAAGAAUAAUAAGAUUAAACAUAAGAAUUACAUUUGAAUUUAAAUGAAAAACCUGUUAAUCACACAAAACUAAAUAAUGAUUUAAUUUUAAACCCAUAAACAUAAACUUAAAAGUAACCCUAAGUUGUGGGUUUGGAAUAAGAAAUUGAAAAGGUUUUAUAAAAGGAAGAAGUCUAACAAACAAAUAAGAAAAAAAAAGAUGCCAAAUAAUAGGAAUCGCCUCAAAAAUAAAAAGUUGUUAUUGAAAAAUAAGCCAACCCACCUCCACCUAAAAAAUCAACAAAACAAAUUAGAAAUAUUCCUCCUGAUAUCAAACAAGAUAAAUAAAAAUAAGCCCCACAAGUUAAAACAGAAAGCUAAAAUGAAUCUAACAGAGAUACAUUACUUAAUAAUCAAACCUCAGACAACCCUGAAGAUUUUUUCAAUCUCUUAUCAAAUCGAAGUUAAUAAUUGGGAUAAGAUUAAUAGGUGUUAUUCUAAAAUUAAAAAAAUCAAAUGAAAUAAAAUACUGAAGAUCAUCAAGAAGAAACUUACAAAUAAGCAGAAGUUGAAGCAUAAGAGAAUUAAAAAAAUCCAGAGACUUUAUAAACUGUUAUUGAUAAUAAUUUAUUAAGUAAUGAAAAGAACUCCUAAAUUGCUCAAUAAGACCCUUUCUCUCAUAAUCAUAGCUAAAUACCGACUUAAAAUACUUAAAAGGCAUAAAAACAGAUUCCUAAAUAAAGGAGAAUAAAUUAGGGAGGUAAUAGCAUAUAAAAUGUUCCAAGUUCCUUGUUUGAUUGA